AGUGGAUGCUCUUGGAUACGCCCACAGGGCGGCCAGAUGGGAAGACUGUCCUUCGGCACCACAAAGGGAUUAUGCAGCAACCCAAACUUUUUUACCCACAGCACGAGACAUACGCCCCCAGACCUUUAGACCGACCGGACGGCCAGCCAAACCGACCUUUCCCGGCGUUUGUGCUCCCCGAAAAUCUUGCCUCUGUAGGAACACCCAGUUUGUACCAUCCCCUCCAUCAAGAGAAAGACCUUUUUGCAACGCCCCCUGCAGGCUUCCACAUGGCUCCGUGCGGCUGUUUCUUCGACCCCCGGAUCUACCGCAUCGAGUGGGCGACUGCCAAUUUUGUCCAGCCCUCCAUUUAUAAACUCUCUGGUGGGCCUGGCCCGCAGAAUGCCUACCUUCUGGACAGCCAGAAGUACCUCAAGGGCCCCCUGCAGCCGGUGCCGUACCCGGCCUACCAGCCUGUCGUGAACAAUCCCCCGUUUGUCCUGCCUUUCUUCAAGCCCGAGGGCCCUGCCAGCAACCUGACGGACCACAUCAACUUCCUCGGUAACCCUCUCCACGGCUCGCCCUUCGUGGAUGCACCCCAACUCCACAGCGAAGGCCUCGGGCCGAGUAAAGACCGCCAGCUCCUUGCAACGGUCCCCGAUCUUAACCUGAAAGAGCAGCCAGCCCCAGUGGGGAACUACGACCAGCUCAAAGGCGAACUGCACCAUUGCCACGACCUCGCGUUCCAAGCCUUUAAGGGCUUCCCAGUAGAAGACGAAGAUUUUAAAGACCAUGACGCCACCCAAGAGUUUGUGGCAAACCCUUCCGUUUCAAACGUCCAUCCUGGAGACCAAACUCCGCUUGGGGUCCCCGAGAUACAAGAACUGGAGCCUUGUGUCCCUGAAAGCAUCAUCACCAAUGAAAGCCAACUGCUGGAAGAGCAGGAGUCCUUCAACCUGCCUGAGAAGGUCCUUUUGGAAGAUGCCAUGAAGCUCUUUGAUUGUUCUCCAGUUAACUCCGAUACUGAGGCGUCCCUGGAUGAACUGAGCAAUGGCGCCCCCUGCAGGGGCCAGGGAGAGGGUCCCAAGGACAGCUGCUUCUCUGGCAAAGAUUCGCCCAGUGACAUCCGGUCCCUCAACUUGCCUGAUGAGCUGCUGUCCUUUGACUACAGUGUACCGGAAAUCCUCAGCGCCGUGACCAGCCUGGAUUACCUCUAUGACGUGAACACUUUUGUGGAGGAAACUCAGUGGGAAAAUAGACCAUCCGCACAGCUUCUCCCCAAACAGGAAUCCCACUUGGAGCCUGAGGAGAAAGUGAAGGACAGUGUUGGGGCAGCCAAGAAAGGCCAAGGUAUGGGCAGCAAACCAAAACUUUCAUCCACACAGGGGGGCGACGGUGAACCUCAGCAGCCGGAACCUGCCGUACUGGGGGUCUGACUGGCACACAGGAAAACAGGACUGGGAGCUGUGCAGCUUGAUCAAGGAUAGCUCCUGCUAUUUGGUCUAUUAAAAAAAUGAUCUUUCUAGACAGCUGACUUGUGUGCCUGUGUCUUGCUAGAUAAAGUUAAACUGGUUUGGAAACCAGUUGAACAAUUGCCACUCUUCCCUGCAAAGAACCAUGGGAACCGUAGUUCUGAGAAUGACCCUGGGGUUUCCUGGUGGAUUGCUUGAAACCCUCCUUCCAUUCAGUUCCCUUUUAAAUAGGCUGAUGCAGCAUUUUACAAACAGAUGUUUUGUCAUGUGCCUGGAAAAGGUUUCCUUUGAGCAUGAAAGCAUAAUAAUGAUCCACACUCAGAGGAGGCUGUCUUUGCAUCUCUGCGUGAGUCACUGUUCUGAGUGCCCAGAGCAGUGACUCAUGCAGAGAUGCAGCAAACAGCUUCCUCUGAGCACGAGUAAUUCUGCCCUACCUCUUCACUGGGAACGACUGGAUGAGCCAAUCAAAACCAAUACAGAAAGGUGGCAGAAAAAGCUACCUUCAGUAAAGGCUGAGUGCUGGAGGCCAAAGCCAGAGAAGAGAUUCAGGGAGCAGCCUCUGGAAUGACACAUUUUGUCUGAAUUAUAUAUAAUUAUAAUUUCAUUCAUUCUAUUUAUCAAUACAGUUAUAAUAAUUAAA